AUGGAGCAAUUCCAGGACGGCCACCACGUGCGGCUUCGGUGCCGCGAGCACGGCAUGUACCUGCACGCCGACAAGGACGGCCGUGGAGUCUCCCUCCGCCGGCCCCGGGCGUCGAUGAACGCGGCGUGGGCAGUGCACCUGUACCAAGAAGAUGACGAUGUCCAGUACGUGCUCCUCCACAGCGCCGCCUAUGGCGGCUACCUGGCGGCCAUGGACGCACCGGCGCCGCUAGGCCACCGCGGGCGCCGCGUCGAGCAGCGCGACUACGAGGAACUGGAGGAGGAGGCCGUCAGGUGGCGGCCCGUCAGGAUCGUGCCCGGGGACUACAUCCUGCUCCGCCACGCCAGCGGCCGCUUCCUCCGCGCCAACGGGAAGUUCCUCCCCUGGAACAACGGCGCCAGCGUCGUCGACACCGUCAGCACGAUGACGCACUGGGUCGUGGAGCGCAUCCCCGCCAGGGAGGGCAUGCCUGAGCUCCCCCUCGCCGGAGGCCUCGACAUCCUGUUGCCGCGGCGGUGGGUCGUGUACGCCUCGGCGGGCGCCGAUGGGGGCCCCGCCUUCUGGGCUACGUUGGGGUUCAAGGGGAGGUCUGUGUUCCGCCUGAGGAGCGAGCUGGCCAGCGAUAUAGGCAUCGGCAUGGGCGACCUCGCCAUGUGCGUCCAGGCGGGCAUUAACGGGCGGCCUACCCCACUCGUCGUCAACCUACCCCGUGGCACGCGGACCCUUUACAUCGUCGUCGUCCCAGCCCAUGUCGAGCUGCGGUACCCGGAUGUCGGUGCAGAGUAG